CAACACAAAAGGAGAGCAGAGGAGGAACUUCCUACUAACUAGAGCAGAAAUGGAUCUGAAUGGAGGUGCUUUCAUAAUAACGGGAAAACAUCUCUCUCUUGCUCUGCUUGCUCUGGUUUUGACGACCAUGUUGCUUUUGGAUUGGGAAAGAAAUCCUUUGAUUUAUACAUAUAUACCGACUCAACAUCGCUCCGUCGCUCUCCUUCCACCUCCAGCAUGCUUUCAUCCUGACCUGAAUAACUCCACAGAGUCCAUGGAGACUGCUGAGAUGAAAACCGAUAGAGAAAAGUCUCAAACACUUCAGGAAGAAGAAAGGAAAGAGCCAGAGGCAGAUGUUGAUGAUUCCGGAACCGAGAUAAUAGACGGUAACUCCGAAAAUAGGACAACCUCGGUGGCAACAAAAGUCUGUAACUAUGCGAAGGGUAGAUGGGUUGCUGACAACAGGCCGCCUUUAUAUCCUGUUCAGUGCAAGUACAUACAAAGAAAUUGGGCAUGCAGACUCACGAAUCGAACAGAUUUCUCCUACGAAGGUUAUCGAUGGCAGUCCGUAGAUUGUAAAAUGCCAGAGUUUGAUUCCUCCCAUUUCUUGGAAAGGAUGAAAGACAAAAUAAUUGCCUUCAUAGGAGAUUCAUUGAGCAGAGAACAAUUUCAAUCCAUGAUGUGCAUGCUCACUGGGGGGCAAGAGAGCUCCGAUGUUGAAGAUGUUGCAGAUAAAUACGGUUUCCUUCAGUUCUUACGCAAUGGAGGAAUCCAUCACCAUGGCUGGGCUUAUCGGUUUCAGAGUACAAAUACCACAAUCCUGCAUUCUUGGUCAGCAAGGCUAUGCGACCGAGAGCCUAUUAAUGCGACUGAUCCAGAUACCCUUUACGCCAUGCAUUUGGAUCGUCAACCUGCUUUCAUUCGUGAAAACAUCGACCAACUCAAUGUCUUAGUCCUUAACACAGCUCACCAUUGGAGCAAACAGAUGAUGAGCAUGGAUAAAGAGGUGAUGUACGUGAAUGGGGUGCCAGUCCAAGACAGAAAUCUCAAGAACAACGAGAACUCCAGGAUCUUUAAAGUGAAAAAUAUAGUAACAUGGCUUGAUUCUAAGAUGGCAUCAAAUCGAAACUUACAAGUUUUCUUCAGAACAACAUCGCCAAGGCACUUUUUUAAAGGCGACUGGAACAGCGGUGGUACCUGCGAUAACACCGUUCCAAUGACUAGAGGGAGUGAAGUCCUACAAGAGGAAUCAAUAGACAAGAUCGUUGCAGCCGCUGUCGAGGGCACCCGGGUGAAGAUUUUGGAUAUAACCGCUCUAUCUGAUCUGAGAGAUGAGGCUCACAUUUCACAUUAUGGUAAAAAAGCCAAUGACUGCUUACACUGGUGCUUGCCUGGUAUUCCAGACACCUGGAACGAACUCCUCAGCGUAGAGCUCUAGGACAUAUGCUAGCCUUUUGGUAACAUUCUUUUGAUACAUUUGAUUUUUAGAUAACAAUGUACUUGAAGAAUCAUAAUGUAAUAAACUAAAACAUAAAUUAGAACAAAAAAACAGUAAAAGUAAUUCAAUGAAUUCUGUUUUGUUAGAUAUGA